AUGGGGGAAAGCAGACAACCUGAUGUGUGGAAGGAUUCCACGGCCGUGGACACCACAAAUCUGCAUGAACAGAAGAAUCGUCAACAUGGCUCAGAUAUAGAAGAAUCACCAACACGCACUGGUUGGUUUCAUUGGCAUGAGCCCGGGACCUCCAAAGCAGAGAAAAAGCUCAUCUUCAAACUCGACUGGUUUCUCCUGAGUUACGGCUGCUUGUGUUUUUUCAUCAAGCAGUUAGAUGGGAACAAUGUGUCUAAUGCUUACGUCUCUGGCAUGUCAGAAGAACUGAACUUUGGCAAAAAAAAUGAACUGAGCUGGAUGAACACCUACUUCAGUAUUGGAACAAUCCUUGGUGGACCUGUCUCCAAUCUCGCCCUGACUCAGAUUCGACCGAGGUAUUGGUUGCCUAGCUGCUUGCUUGUAUGGUCACUUUUUGUUCUGUUCUUAUACAAGUGCAACCAUGCCUCGCAGUUCUACGGUCUUCGGUUCAGUAUUGGAUUCUUUGAGUCGGCGGCAUGGCCCGGUAUCCAGUACAUUCUUGGCUGUUGGUACAAGAAAUCCGAGCUUGCAACCCGCAGUGGCCUGUUCGUCAUGUCCGGAGUUCUAGGACAGAUGUUUUCUGGCUACUUGCAAUCUGCACUGUAUAAGGGAAUGGGAGGAAAAGGAGGCCUCUCUGCCUGGAGAUGGCUUUUCAUCUUUGAUUUCAUCCUUGCCAUACCAGUAGCCCUUUACGGUUUUAUCUUUCUCCCUGAUACACCCGAGAAUACUACCGCGUUCUACUUGAAUGAAUGGGAAAGAACUCGUGCUAUACAGAGGAUUGACGAGGAUGGCCGCACGCCUUCAGGAAAAAUGGACUUGAGCGUUUUGAAACGCAUAUUCCAGUCAUGGCAACUAUAUACGUUUUCCCUUGCUUACGCAUUCUGGUCUUUGACGUGUGGGUCAUAUGUAAUGCAGUAUUUCGAGCUGUAUCUGAAGUCACUCAAGACCUACUCAGUGCCCCAGAUCAACAACAUCCCCACCUGCAUUGGAGCAGUAAAUUUCUUCUUCAUGAUCGGAACAGGUUUUAUUUCCGACAAGAUCGGUCGAAGAGGACCUGUCUGCUUCGCCGUGGGUUGUCUGAUGACUUUCUGCUAUGCCGUCUUCACGGCAUGGCCCGCAUCACAUUCAUUGAAAAUGGCUGCAUUUAUCUUGACUGGCUGCUAUGGAUGCUACACUCCUUUGCUAGCUGGCUGGGUCAACGGCUCUUGUGGCGGUGAUCAGCAGUUGCGAGCCUUCGUUUUGGCAUUCAUGGUCAGUCUUGGAGGUGCUGUUGUCAUCCCAUUCCAACAGUAUCAAUUGCCCAGUGGGAAGGCUCCCACGUUUGCCCAGACUCAUGGCUGGGCUAGUGCACUUGCCUUUGUUGUGGCAUUGACAUUAUGGACAGGCUUUGGAAUAGACUUUGUGAAGAGAAUAGUGACAAAGAAUCGCCAACCAGAGAAGGAGAAUGAUGUUUAG